AUGUCCCAGAUCUCACCUGAAUCGUGCUCAUACUCAAAUCAUGCAGACUUUCUCAGGAAUGGUGUUUUCCGACCGGCCAGAAUACCUCAGGACUGGGCAUUGCACACCACCAAUGUAGCAAGCGAAUGGGUGGAGCAGCAAUUCCUCGCCCAUAUAGCCGGCUGGCCCUUGGUGAAUCUGCCACCCAAAUUGGACAUGGUCACGAUGCUUUCAUGUGGGCAACUGGCUUUGCGCAUGGCCCACGCCUAUCAACAUUCGAACAUAGACAUCAUCCGGUACAAUGAGGCCCUUGCCAAGCGUGAAUCUGGGAUGAAUGACGCCCAGGAAGAGGCCUUGUUGACGAAGUUCCCUCCUGCCGAGAACAUAUUUUUGGACACCCCGUCGGUGGUGAUGGACUCAGGUUUCAGGGUGAUCCUUUGGUACAUCCCGGAUGGGUUGAGUCCAUGGGUGCAGAAUGAUAUGUAUGCAGCCACUGUGUCCAUGGGAGAUCUUCUCAAGAAAAGUGUCACUACCAGGAAAGGAAGCGGUUGGAGGACCCACGAGUCCAACUUUCGACCUGCCGAGUUGCCAGGAUUGACUCCCGGGUGCAUAAACAUAGCACUGUGUUGGUUCCAGCAAGGUCAUGAAUGCUAUGGCCCACCUCCCAAUAAUCCAGAAGAUGGGUUCAAACCCGAGGUGUCAGCCACCCUGAAGGGCGAAAGGAGCCUGUCUAUGAUCAUGGACAUGCAGAGGCCCGCGCUUCUUGCAUCCGCUGCCUUGCGGGUCAUGCACCCUCAGCUGUACUGGGCUUCCGCAGCAGCCGUCAUGUGCAACCACCAGUCUCCCAAUCACCGAGAUCCGAAAUGUCUGCCUGAGGCAUUCGAUAUACUGACCUCCAUAGGCAGUUACCGGCAGGCGAUCAUGAAGUUGCCCAACCUGGGGAUCGAGUUGGCAUACAAUCCAGGAGUGAUGGUGAGUUAUUUGGGCCGUCUUGUAAGGCAUGGAAUCAGGGUUGAUGAAGGCGAUCGGAUAGUAUGGUCCUGGUUCCUCCGAGAUAGUGUUCACAACUAUGCCCGCACCCCUCGCCCGGAUUAUGCCAGAUACAAUCCGGCCGACCUCAAUGCAUACAAGUUGGCCAAAUACAACCAGGCUAAUUUUACCGUGUAUGGCAAGCUGUAG